AUGGGACAUAUGGAGACUGUCAAGGACUCUGUCAACACUGACAUACCUCCUUACUACAUACCACAUCACUUCGUGCUUCGACAAAAGGCUGUCACUACGCAGCUGCGUGUUGUUUUCGAUGCCUCGUGCAAAACGACAUCAGGUCGUUCUCUCAACGACAAUCUCCUUACAGGACAGAAGCUUCAACAAGACAUAUCGGAAGUUCUUCUAAAAUAUAGACUUCACAAAAUCGUAUUCACAGCUGACAUCAAAAUGAUGUAUCGCUUCAUUAACAUUUGUAAGGAACAUCGCGACUUUCAACGCAUUCUCUGGAGAUUCUCUCCUCUUGAUCCUGUACAGGAAUACCGCCUGUGCACGGUGACUUUCGGCGUUGCCUCUGCGCCAUUCUUGGCCUUACGGACACUUCGUCAAUUAGCGAUUGAUGAAGCCAACGCAUUCCCACUUGCUUCGCAGGUGCUUCUCAACGAUGUCUUCGUUGACGAUGUCGUUACCGGUUCUGACAACCUAGAUGAUGCUCUCGCUCUUCAGCGUCAACUUACGUCUAUUUGCAAAGCGGGAACGUUCGAACUCCGCAAAUGA